AUGCCUGACCCCGCUGGGAAGAACAAGAAGGGGAAGAAGAAGAUGUGGGAGCAGAAGAAGUCCCAGAGCUUGGAGGAACCGAUUGGUGAGGGUCCCCGAAAUGGGACCCAUCCCCCCUUGUCACGAUCCAGAACCUAUGAUCUUUCUUCCUCAAAAGAGGUAGAAAAGGAAACGGGCUCUUCACAGCGCAGAAACUCCAUCUCUAAUCUGGUGAAGCAUUCGGUGAACUUCCACCGGGCCUUUAAAGACCUUCCCGAAGAGGAGGAGCUCCUGGACACCUUCUCAUGCGCCUGGCAGAGAGAGGCGCCCUAUCAUGGCCGCCUGUACGUUUCCCAUGACCACGUCUGCUUCUACUGCAGCAUGCUGAGGCGGGAAGUCAAGGUCAUCAUUCCGGUGGCGACGGUCAGCGUCCUCAAGAAAGCCAACACGGCUCUGUUGGUACCCAACGCCAUCAGCAUCCGAACAGUUGAGGGGGAGAAGUUCGUGUUUGGAUCAUUGCGAUCACGAGAAACCGCUUACCAGCUGCUGCGUUCUGUCUGUAAACACCUGCAGGAUGGCAGCCGUAACCCCAGUCCGACGGCGUCUCACAACAGCCCUGAACAUCUCCUUAAGAUAUCUCUGACAUCAAGACAGCUGGACCACAACCCGGCAGAAGACGAAAUCCUUCUGGAGGAAUCUGAUGGAGUGAGCGAACAACUGGAGCCCUUGAAGGCACCUGCUGAAGGGGUGCUGGCAGCCACAAGCAGAGGAAGGGAACACCCUCACAAGUCGUUGAAGACCUGGUGGUCUCACCUGAGCCCUUUCAACAUGAUCAUCCUUAUUUACCUCUUCUUAGUGGUGAUCCUGCUUCUCUCCUCGGGAUACAUUGGUCUGCGUAUUGUCCAGUUAGAGGAGCAGCUGACCUCAAUGGGGGCCUGGCCAGAACUGGACCUGCAGCAGCAGUACAAAGCAAGCUGAGGUAGGCUGGAUCCGGCCCCACUGGGGUCUUUGCAUGAACCUUCUGCAGCUAUUGUCUUUCCUGCUGGUCGGAUCUUUAAGAGAACAGUUUGGGGGCUCCAUCCCCCCAAAAAAUCUCAGUUUGUGCCAGAAACGUCAUAAGUUUCGUUAGAAGCACGACUUUAACAUCCUGGUGAGACAAGACCAAUGUUUCCUUUUGAGAAGGGCUUAAGGGACCCUUUCAGCACUCACCGGCACUCUGAAGUCUUUUUUCUCGUGGCCAGCAGAGGAAACUCACCUCCCAAGGAUAGAGGGAGGAGAACACGAAGAACAACUGAAAAGUGGAUAUUUUUUGUGUUAAACCACAGACUGGUGGAGGGCUCUUGUUUGGAUUAGGAGCGACCUGCAGCACCUACUUGCCACAUUGGGGCAAAACGUCCAGAUCCUGAAAUUGGCAUCAACACCACUCUUUUGGCUAGUACAAAUAUUUCUUCUUUUGCAGAGAGUUUUUCAUUAUUAAUCGUCGGGAAUUCUUCCAGAGCCCAAACAAAACCUACCCAUUACAGCCGGGGGGGCCAACUCAUUUGUUAUGAGGGCCGGAUCUGACAUAAAUGAGACCUUGUUG